CAGUUUGUGUUGACCAUUCACAAUCAGGGGACCUGUCUGCUCGCUCCACGCGUUAAGCAGUCGAAUUCGUAUUCUUUUAACGGGGCGACACUAGCAAUAGCCGAAUUAUAAUUUUUAGAACGAGAAGACAAAGGAUUUUCUUCACAGUAAUAAUCAGUGGAGUGAAUCUUUUCAGGUUAUCUAGAGUUAAUUUCUUUGUGGAACAAACAAUGAGUAAGGAUUCACGAGCGGAUCAACAGACGUAUUAGCGAUGUCUCCAGGAUCUUCAGGUGUGGCAAAGGUAAAAUCAGAGGGCCUACCUCCACUCUUGCCGCUCAAACUUAUCAAACGCAAUGGGCUAAGGUGGUUGAAUCUGGUAAAAUACGGAGUUGGAAUCAUCCUGAUUUAUAUCCUCUUACGCUUGAGAACAUUCAAGAUUUCGGAGCACACGUAUCUACAGUCCUUAUCAGACCCAGCUAUUGUUUGGGAGUUCCUUGCAGAUUUUAACAACAUGAAGACGCUGAAUCCUACUAUCAUUGAUUUUGAGAUAAUAUCCGAUGGAGGACCUCAAAAUGACUGGAGUUACACAGUAAGAUAUUCUGAGUUUCUACACAAUGCUCCGAGCAUACAAAAUACUAUCACAGCAGAUUUUCAUGUGAAAAAAGAGGAGAACGAUCAUUAUACCAUUGCCUCUACUCACACAACAUGUUUCUUUCACUCAGUGUACUGUGUGCGCGCAUGGGGUCACUUCAAGAUAUCUAAAUCUGGGAAAACAAUAGCUGGAGUCGACAUUCUGGAGGAAGUGACUUUUGAAUGCCCACCGAUUUUCUUUUGGUUUUGCCAUCAAGAAGCAUCAUUUCAAAGACAACAAAUUAAAGAAAAUUUGAUCAAUUAUUACGAUAAACUUUCCACACAUCAACUAAUCCAAGGAUCUUGAUGCAAGAAUAAAAGAGACUGAUGGCUGAAGUCGUAUAAUGCGGACAUCAGAUUGCAACGUUGUUAUCCUCAGCUCAUAUUUUAUUUUUCUUUUUAAAAAAAAACUACGCGACAGUUGAUAAUGGACACUCCUGAGAAUUUUUUUCACUCCUCCUAAACUCCUGAGAAUUUUUGUCACUCCUCCUAACAAAAUGACAAAAAAUUUAAAGGAAAAAUUUAGAUGACUUUUUUUGAAAAAAUAAACCAUAGUUGGAGAUUUUAAAAUGUUUCAAUCGUGAUGAGCAUUAUCCGCAUUUAGCCAUUGAUAUGUUGGAUGAAAAAAUAUUCAGAAAUCCAUCUUCACUAUUUUCAACUCUUAAGUUUUAGCAUUAACUUAAGGUAACUCGAUGUCUUUUAAAUGUAAAGUUUGAUAGUUAGUGCUACUCAAUUCUGUGAUUAAUUUCUCUUUUCGUAUUUUAAGUAAUUAUUUUUUUAGUCAAAAACUUUUUCUACUUACUGAAAUGAUUGGCACAGAUUUUCAAGGUUUUAUCUCUUCGCAUGACAACUCGCACUGUGUUCUUUUCUUUGUGGCGGAGCAACUUGACAUCACCCGUCCCUCUUUCCUUCCACUCGUGCGGCUCUGAACUCGAAUCAUAUCGGAAUAGUUUUGCUCUUCUGAAAAUACAAAUAAACAGCAAAAUUAUGGAUUGAUCAAGAGUAGGGAUUGUAAAAUUAUUUAUUAUAACCUAGUCUUUUACAGUUGAUAAUAAGCUGUAAGUCUGUUUUCUUAGGAAAAUUCAUGUGAAAAAUAUUAUCAAACAAGACAAAUUAAAAAUACCAUCGAUAAUGAUGAAGGCAUAUAUUUUUGAGUACUGUGCUUUAAAUAGAAGUUUUUUUUUUAUUUUCCGCUCAGAAGGAGUGUUUCAAACAUUUGAAAAAGUAUAUUAUGUACUCCAUAAAAAAUUUUCAGAGAGAAGUGCAGAAAAGAGUUUUUGAUUCUAAGAAGUUACUUGAUAACCUGAAGAAAUAUGUAAGUAGUAGUUACUUAGAGAUGCUAAAAUUCAAUAGACUCAUUUAACAGCAACAUCAUAGUUUUCCAUAGCAGUUUCGAUGGUCCAAAUGUGAACAGACACAUGACCUUGCCGUAUUCGUGCCAUGGUGGUAAAGUGUCUUCACUCAUUUCUUGCAAUUAAAAUUUCUCAAGUUUAAUGAGCCGUUAAUUGAGAAGAAAGAAAUAUUCAACAAAUACCUGACAAUAAUAUACUGAAAGCUGUUAAAAAUUCCAGACAUUCAUCUUGUAAACUAAAGAGUAUCCUCAACAUUUUUGGAAAAUUCUAGACAACAGUAAAAAGCAACUUAAUCCGGGGAGAAGCUGGAUUAAAAAGAGAGAAAAAAAAAGAAAAAAUUAAAUAAAAACCUGGGACUUUGCAAAGAAUAGGUACUAAAACUUCAUUUUCAAUUUGCAAAGCAAUUGAGAAGAGAAAAAAAGGGAAAACAAGAUAGGUUCGCUGAACUUCAGCUGAGCCUCUGUUCGAAUUAACAGCAGAUUGACGAUCAAUUUUUUCUUUAUUUUCUCUCUUUCCAAUUUUGUUUUAUAGGUAUUAAGUUGUAAAGUACUUUGAGGUGUCCA